UCAUCCCCCUAUCUCUCUCUCCACAACCAGAAAAAACAAAAACACAACCAAAUUCCCAAAAUGCCCUCCUUAGAAGACGACCCUUUCCCUUCCACCCCCGGCAAAUUCAAGAUCGACCACCGCAACCACCACCCGAUGAACCGCCAUUUCCACCGCUGCUUCUCCUCCACAAGCACCCUCUUCCUCUGGGCCCUCUUCUUAAUCGCUUUAACCGCCUCCUAUUUAAGUUUCCAGUCAUUCGUCGACUCCGGCAGCCGCUACUUAACCGCCUCUUGGGGCGGAAUCCAAUGGGAAAAACAACUCCGUAACUCCGCCCUUCCUCAUCCUCCAUCUUCCCUUUCUGUCCUUGUCACCGGCGCCGCCGGUUUCGUCGGUACCCAUGUCUCCCUCGCCUUGAAAAAACGCGGCGACGGCGUUGUCGGUCUCGACAAUUUCAAUUCCUAUUACGACCCGUCGUUGAAAAAAGCCCGGAAAUCUCUCCUCUCCAACCAUGGAAUUUUCGUUGUGGAAGGCGAUUUAAACGACGUCGUAUUACUUCAAAAGCUCUUCGACGUCGUCGUUUUCACUCACGUUAUGCACCUCGCGGCUCAAGCCGGAGUCCGUUACGCGAUGGAGAAUCCCAAUUCGUAUGUUCGGAGUAACAUCGCCGGUUUGGUUAAUCUCCUCGAGGUUUGUAAAUCGGCGAACCCACAACCGGCUGUGGUUUGGGCUUCAUCGAGUUCGGUUUAUGGGCUUAACGAGAAAGUCCCGUUUUCUGAAUCGGACCGGACCGACCAACCCGCUAGUCUCUACGCAGCAACAAAAAAAGCCGGGGAGGAAAUUACUCAUACGUAUAAUCAUAUCUACGGUUUGUCAAUAACCGGGUUGAGAUUCUUCACGGUUUACGGUCCAUGGGGACGGCCCGACAUGGCGUACUUCUCAUUUACGAGGAAUAUAUUGCAAGGAAAACCGAUUACGGUUUAUCGGGGGAAGAACCGGGUUGAUUUGGCGAGGGAUUUUACGUACAUUGAUGAUAUUGUGAAGGGGUGUUUGGGUUCGUUGGAUACAUCGGGGAAAAGCACCGGUUCGGGUGGGAAGAAAAAAGGGGCGGCGCCGUACAGAAUAUUUAACUUGGGUAAUACGUCGCCGGUGACGGUGCCGACAUUGGUGAGUAUAUUGGAGAAGCAUUUGAAGGUGAAGGCGAAGAAGAAAGUGGUGGAGAUGCCUGGAAACGGCGACGUUCCGUUUACUCAUGCGAAUAUUAGUUCGGCUCGGAGUCAGCUCGGGUAUAAACCGACGACCGAUUUGCAGACCGGGUUGAAGAAAUUCGUUAAAUGGUAUUUGUCUUAUUAUGGCUACAAUCAUGGCAAACCUGUAAAUUAAAUUUUUUUAUAAAAAAUCUUUUUUUUUU